CGUGAAGUGUGUUGAAAAAGUAAAACCAGAGUAACGGAUAGAAUACCGAACUUUGCUUUCUCUCUCUCUCAACAAAAAAAAUCAAAAUCCAUUUCCCACUUUCAAAAUUCAAUUUCUAAUUUCCUACCCGACUUGGAUCCGAAUUCGUUAGAUACUUUCCAACCCGAUCCGAUCCGAUCUAAUGAGCUCCGACACAUCCUCCGGCGGAGACAGCACCGGCAGCAAAGUCGGCGGCGUUAGCGGCGGAGGCUCCGCGUCAGUGCCGUCGCCGUCGAAGGAGAAGCAGAAGGAGAAGGAGAAGGCGAGAGUGAGCCGGACCUCUUCGAUUCUCUGGCACGCGCACCAAAACGACGCCGGAGCCGUCCGGAAGCUUCUGGAGGAAGAUCGGACGCUGGUGAACGCUAGGGACUACGACAACCGCACGCCGCUCCAUGUGGCGUCGCUCCACGGCUGGAUCGAUGUCGCGAAGUGCUUGAUCGACUAUGGCGCCGAUGUCAACGCUCAGGAUCGAUGGAAGAACACCCCUUUAGCCGAUGCUGAAGGAGCUAAAAAGCAUAACAUGAUCGAGUUGUUAAAAUCAUACGGUGGCUUGUCUUAUGGCCAAAAUGGAAGUCAUUUUGAACCAAAGCCUGUUCCGCCCCCUCUGCCUAACAAGUGUGACUGGGAAAUUGACCCUUCUGAGCUGGACUUCUCAACCUCAGCUAUGAUCGGGAAGGGCUCUUUUGGUGAGAUUUUAAAAGCCUGUUGGCGUGGAACACCUGUAGCUGUCAAACGCAUUCUUCCAUCACUUUCAGAUGACAGAUUGGUGAUUCAGGACUUCAGGCAUGAGGUUAAUUUACUAGUGAAGCUUCGUCACCCUAAUAUAGUCCAAUUUCUUGGAGCUGUCACGGAGAAGAAGCCCUUGAUGUUAAUUACUGAGUACUUACGAGGGGGUGAUCUCCAUCAGUACCUCAAGGAAAAAGGUUCACUUAGUCCUACAACAGCUAUCAACUUUGCAUUGGACAUUGCCAGAGGCAUGGCUUAUCUUCACAAUGAGCCAAACGUCAUAAUUCACCGGGACCUAAAACCAAGGAAUGUUCUUCUAGUCAAUUCCAGUGCAGACCAUUUAAAAGUUGGAGAUUUUGGACUAAGCAAGCUCAUCAAGGUUCAGAAUACUCAUGAUGUUUACAAAAUGACUGGAGAGACUGGAAGUUACCGGUAUAUGGCUCCUGAAGUUUUCAAGCACCGGAGAUAUGAUAAGAAGGUUGAUGUCUUCUCUUUCGCAAUGAUACUUUAUGAGAUGCUUGAAGGGGACCCACCACUUGCAAACCUUGAGCCUUAUGAAGCAGCAAAAUAUGUGAGUGAGGGAAACAGGCCUACAUUUCGCUCAAAAGGAUAUAUCCCUGAAUUGAGAGAAUUAACAGAGCAAUGUUGGGCCCAUGACAUGAACCAAAGACCUCCUUUCUUAGACAUCCUCAAGAGGCUUGAGAAGACAAAGGAAAAUCUACCGACUGACCAUCACUGGAACAUAUUUAAUACAUAAAAAUUCAAGUCCAAUGGCAUGGUCUGUAUGUGGAUGAUAUAUUUUUACCAUUUCUGCUCUUGUACUCUUCCAAUUGAGCAGAUGAAUAUUGUGAAGGGCCUCAAGUGGGCAAUUUGUGAGAGUAAUAGCUCCGACUGGUUUUCCAAUAUUCUGGUCAGAUUCUUAUCCUGAAUGGAGCAGGUAAUGUUGAUUACUUUUCUCAGACUCUAAGACUCGUCAUGUUUUAUAUUGAUCUGAACCAACCUAUCCAAGAGUCUUAUCCAAAUUAACGUAUAUGUAAGAAUGUUUCAUCCUAUGACUGGAUUUUCUUCAUUUUGACUUUCAUUUGUAAUCCUGGUCCCGAAGUGUACUUGAGAAAAGAGCAACAUAGAAUUUUUUUCCGCUCUUUAAUUGUUCUCUUUCAACAGUUAGAUUAAACCUUUUCAGAGUUACUUGGAUCUUUGUGUAAA